GCAAACGUGCGGGGUACCUAGGCCCCUCACGCUGGACUCCACAGUCUCCGGGCCGCCUGAUCUCCGCACGGGUAUAUGGGAUGGAAGCGGGACCCUCGGGAGCAGCUGCAGGUGCCUACCUGCCCCCCCUGCAGCAGGUGUUCCAGGCACCUCGCCGGCCUGGCAUUGGCACUGUGGGGAAACCAAUCAAGCUCCUGGCCAAUUACUUUGAAGUGGACAUCCCUAAGAUUGACGUCUAUCACUACGAAGUGGAUAUCAAGCCAGAUAAGUGUCCUCGCAGAGUCAACCGGGAAGUGGUGGAAUACAUGGUCCAGCAUUUCAAGCCUCAGAUAUUUGGUGACCGCAAGCCCGUGUAUGAUGGAAAGAAGAACAUUUACACUGUCACAGCACUGCCCAUUGGCAAUGAACGGGUUGACUUUGAGGUGACAAUCCCUGGGGAAGGGAAGGAUCGAAUCUUCAAGGUCUCCAUCAAGUGGCUGGCCAUUGUGAGCUGGCGCAUGCUGCAUGAAGCCUUGGUCAGUGGCCAGAUCCCUGUUCCCCUGGAGUCUGUGCAAGCCCUGGAUGUAGCCAUGAGGCACCUGGCAUCCAUGAGGUACACCCCUGUGGGCCGCUCCUUCUUCUCACCGCCUGAGGGCUACUACCACCCGCUGGGGGGUGGGCGCGAGGUCUGGUUCGGCUUUCACCAGUCUGUGCGCCCUGCCAUGUGGAAGAUGAUGCUCAACAUUGAUGUCUCAGCCACUGCCUUCUAUAAGGCACAGCCAGUGAUUGAGUUCAUGUGUGAGGUGCUCGACAUCAGGAACAUAGAUGAGCAGCCCAAAGCCCUCACGGACUCUCAGCGUGUGCGCUUCACCAAGGAGAUCAAGGGCCUGAAGGUGGAAGUGACCCACUGUGGACAAAUGAAGAGGAAAUACCGCGUGUGUAAUGUUACCCGCCGUCCUGCCAGCCAUCAGACGUUUCCUCUGCAGCUAGAGAGUGGACAGACUGUGGAGUGCACAGUGGCCCAGUAUUUCAAGCAGAAAUAUAACCUGCAGCUCAAGUAUCCCCACCUGCCUUGCCUGCAAGUUGGCCAGGAACAAAAGCAUACCUACCUGCCCCUAGAGGUCUGUAACAUUGUGGCUGGGCAGCGCUGCAUUAAGAAGCUGACUGACAACCAGACUUCAACCAUGAUAAAGGCUACAGCUAGAUCGGCCCCAGACAGACAAGAGGAGAUUAGCCGCCUGAUGAAGAAUGCCAGCUACAACCUAGAUCCGUACAUCCAGGAAUUUGGGAUCAAGGUGAAGGAUGACAUGACGGAGGUGACGGGACGAGUGCUGCCGGCGCCCAUCUUGCAGUAUGGCGGCCGGGUGAGCAGGAACCGGGCAAUUGCCACACCCAAUCAGGGUGUCUGGGACAUGCGGGGGAAACAGUUCUACAAUGGCAUAGAGAUCAAAGUCUGGGCCAUCGCCUGCUUCGCACCCCAAAAACAGUGUCGAGAAGAAGUGCUCAAGAACUUCACGGACCAGCUGCGGAAGAUUUCCAAGGACGCAGGGAUGCCCAUCCAGGGCCAGCCUUGCUUCUGCAAAUACGCGCAGGGGGCAGACAGUGUGGAGCCCAUGUUCCGGCAUCUCAAGAACACCUACUCAGGGCUGCAGCUCAUUAUCGUCAUCCUGCCCGGGAAGACGCCAGUGUAUGCUGAAGUGAAACGUGUUGGAGAUACUCUGUUGGGAAUGGCUACACAGUGUGUGCAAGUGAAGAACGUGGUCAAGACCUCGCCUCAGACUCUGUCUAACCUUUGCCUGAAGAUCAAUGUCAAACUUGGUGGCAUUAACAACAUCCUAGUCCCACACCAGCGCUCUGCAGUCUUUCAACAACCAGUGAUAUUCCUGGGAGCAGAUGUUACACACCCACCAGCAGGGGAUGGGAAAAAACCUUCCAUCACAGCAGUGGUAGGCAGCAUGGAUGCCCACCCCAGCCGUUACUGUGCUACUGUGCGGGUGCAGAGACCACGGCAGGAGAUCAUUGAAGACUUAUCCUACAUGGUACGUGAGCUGCUCAUCCAGUUCUACAAGUCCACACGCUUCAAGCCUACCCGCAUCAUCUUCUACCGAGAUGGGGUUCCUGAAGGCCAGCUUCCCCAGAUCCUCCACUAUGAGCUGCUGGCCAUUCGUGAUGCCUGCAUCAAACUGGAAAAGGACUACCAGCCCGGAAUCACUUAUAUUGUGGUGCAGAAACGCCAUCACACCCGCCUUUUUUGUGCUGACAAGAAUGAGCGAAUUGGGAAGAGUGGUAACAUCCCAGCUGGGACCACUGUGGACACCAACAUCACCCACCCAUUUGAGUUUGACUUCUAUCUGUGCAGCCACGCAGGCAUCCAGGGCACCAGCCGACCAUCCCAUUACUAUGUCCUUUGGGAUGACAACCGUUUCACAGCGGAUGAGCUCCAGAUUUUGACGUACCAGCUGUGCCACACUUAUGUACGAUGCACACGCUCCGUCUCAAUUCCAGCACCUGCCUACUAUGCCCGCUUGGUGGCUUUCCGGGCACGAUACCACCUAGUGGACAAAGAGCAUGACAGUGGAGAGGGGAGCCACAUAUCGGGGCAGAGCAAUGGGCGGGACCCCCAGGCCCUGGCCAAAGCCGUGCAGGUUCACCAGGAUACUCUGCGCACCAUGUACUUCGCUUGAAGGCAGAACGCUGUUACCUCACUGGAUAGAAGAAAGCUUUCCAAGCCCCAAGAGCUGUGCCGCCCAAAUCCAGAGGAAGCAGGGAGGAGGGAGGUGGGGUAGGGAGGAAUGCAGAAGGCCCUGUUUCCUUCCGCAGAGGGGGCAAAAGGGUGGGGAACAGGGCCAGUAAGCCAGACCACCAGCCAGAAAUCUCUGAUAUUCACCUCAUGCCCUCAACCCCUCACCCCAUCUUGUCCCAUCUGGCCCUGAACCCACUGGACCAAGAGAGGCAGCAGUGGUGCCCACCAUACACAUAGUGUCCCAUGUGACUCACAGUGCUAAAGACUCAUGCCUGACAGCUUGGUAAGGUCGGCUCUGCAGCCCUGCGGACAAAAGCUGGUAGGUUUGGGUUUGAUACUUUAGAUGGAAGAGUGAGGGGCUUGAGAAAGUGGGUGGGAGGAGGGAAGGAUUUUUUAGGAGCCUUAAUCAGAAAAGGUCUAGAUUUGUUUAAGAAGAAAAACGAAAUCAGAUGCAGAUCAAUAUUUUAGGAUACUAGAUGUUUUAAUGGGUUGAGAAUCCAGCCUGUAGGAAGAUUUUUAAUGCUAAUGAUUUUGGUUGCCCCUCCCCCAGCUGCCACUCCCCUUUCCCGUAUUCCUCUUUCUCCACUUUUUCUACCCCACCUUACACCUGACAGACAUCCAGCCCCUAGUAAGACUUAAGGCACUAUGGCACUUAGCUCUGAAGUGACACGACCCUGUCUUCCUUCCGCCUGCUGGUGGGUAACCAGUGCCUUCCCUGUAAUGGCAAUGCUGCAGAACU